AAAGGCUUAGCAAACUAAGCGAAAAGCUCAAAGGCGAUACAUUUAACAUCUUAAUUGAACUUCGAUACAACCAAAGCCCAAAAACAACAACACCAAAAGCCUCCUCAAAACCUCCGCCAAUUUUAGCGGCGAUUUCUUCAAUCCAUCCUCACAUUUGGCCAUCCAACUCUCAUUUAAAAACACCAAUCCCCAACCAACUCUCUCUCUCUCUCUCUCUCUCUCUCUCUCUCUCUACCUUCUUUCUCUCUAUCUCUGUCUCCCACCUUUGCUUUUUUCUCUAUCUGAAAACAACAAUGGCUCAGGUAGUCGCCACCCGCUCCAUACAGAGUUCGUUUCCUUGCCCUACUUCUGGAUCCAUUCAAGAACGGGUGGAGAUGCUGAAGCCUUGUAGCUUCUCUGCCAAAGUACUUGCUAAUGAGGGAAACAAGAGCUGCAAAUCUUUUUCCUUUAGGAGGUUUCAGAUCACUGCUAAGAGAUCCGUACAGGCCGAGGUCGUUCCGGUUUCACCAGAGGAUGUACCAAAGGUAGAGGAGCAAUUUCAGCAAUUGAGGGAACUUCAACAAUCAGGUGACACAUCAGUGGGCAUGUGGUCUAAGCCAAUAGUUAGACGCAAGACAAAGAUUGUCUGCACCAUUGGUCCUUCUACGAACACUAGAGAAAUGAUUUGGAAGUUGGCUGAGUCUGGCAUGAACGUUGCUAGACUGAAUAUGUCCCAUGGAGACCAUGCGUCUCAUCAGAAAGUUAUUGAUUUGGUUAAAGAAUAUAAUGCACAAUCAAAGGACAAUGUCAUUGCAAUCAUGCUUGACACCAAGGGUCCUGAGGUUAGGAGUGGAGAUUUGCCACAGCCAAUCAUAUUAGAAACUGGCCAGGAGUUCACCUUUACAAUUCGCAGAGGAGUUGGAACAGCAGAUUGUGUUAGCGUCAACUAUGAUGAUUUUGUGAACGAUGUGGAAGUGGGCGACAUGCUUCUCGUUGAUGGUGGUAUGAUGUCAUUAAUGGUGAAGUCCAAGACAGAAGAUUCAGUGAAAUGUGAGGUUGUUGAUGGAGGAGAGCUCAAGUCUAGGCGACAUUUGAAUGUUAGAGGGAAAAGUGCAACAUUGCCUUCCAUCACAGAGAAGGACUGGGAAGAUAUCAAAUUUGGAGUCGACAAUAAAGUUGAUUUUUAUGCUGUUUCAUUUGUCAAAGAUGCUCAAGUCGUACACGAAUUGAAGAAUUAUCUGAAAAGCUGUGAUGCAGAUAUACAUGUUAUUGUAAAAAUAGAAAGUGCAGACUCUAUCCCAAAUUUGCAUUCCAUUAUCACAGCAUCUGAUGGGGCAAUGGUUGCAAGAGGAGAUCUUGGUGCAGAGCUUCCUAUUGAGGAAGUUCCACUUCUGCAGGAAGAGAUAAUCAGGAUAUGUCGUAGUAUGGGGAAGGCUGUUAUUGUGGCAACAAAUAUGCUGGAAAGCAUGAUUGUUCACCCAACACCUACCAGAGCAGAGGUAUCUGAUAUUGCUAUUGCUGUUCGAGAGGGUGCUGAUGCAGUCAUGCUUUCUGGGGAAACUGCUCAUGGAAAGUUUCCGUUGAAAGCUGUUAAAGUUAUGCAUACUGUCGCAUUACGUACAGAGGCAACCAUAACAAGUGGUGGAAUGCCAGCUAAUCUUGGUCAAGCCUUUAAGAACCAUAUGAGCGAGAUGUUUGCUUACCAUGCAACAAUGAUGUCCAACACUCUCGGCACCUCAAUCGUUGUUUUCACGAGAACUGGUUUCAUGGCUAUCCUAUUGAGCCAUUAUCGACCUUCUGGAACCAUAUUUGCCUUUACAAAUGAGAAAAGGAUACAGCAAAGACUGGCUUUAUAUCAAGGUGUAUGUCCCAUAUUCAUGGAGUUCUCAGAUGAUGCUGAAGAGACCUUCGGACAUGCCUUGACUCUGCUUCAGAAGCAAGGAAUGGUGAAGGCAGGGGAAGAAGUGGCACUUGUUCAGAGUGGCAGGCAACCCAUCUGGCGGUUCCAAUCCACUCACAACAUUCAGGUGCGGAAAGUGUAGAUGAUGCAGAGAAAGACAUGAGAGCCCCACGAUGUAGUUAUUCACUCUGCAAUAGUAAUUUCCUUCAGUGUGUGAUAGAUGUGAAAGUAGCUUGUAUUUUAGGUUGUGUACUUUUCGAGAGUUUUGUUCUACUUUUCCUUUUCCUUUUAUUUUAAUUUUUGGUCUUUUUAGCAUAAAUUAUCUGAUUCACUUUUUUUGUUAAGAUACAUUGUCAAUUUUUUUAGUACAACUUGGCAAAUCGGGAAUGAAAACUAGUGCUCCCCUUAUCCACAA